AUGGCACCCAAGAACAACGCCAAAGGCGGCGACAAGAAAGGCAAGGCGAAGGAAGCAGGCGACUCGGGGAAGGGGGGAAAGGGGUUGAAGCCCGCUACUUCGAUUAAUGUCAGACAUAUUCUUUGCGAGAAAUUCUCCAAAAAGGAAGAAGCGCUCGAGAAACUGCGCAACGGGGCCAAAUUCGACGAGGUGGCCAGGGAGUUUUCCGAGGAUAAAGCCAGACAAGGCGGCUCGCUUGGCUGGAAAGUCCGUGGGAGUCUCAAUGGUGACUUUGAAAAGGCGGCGUAUGACCUUGAGCCCAGCACGACGGCGAGCCCUAAGUAUGUGGAGGUGAAGACCGGGUUUGGAUAUCAUAUCAUCAUGGUUGAGGGGAGGAAGUAG